UUUUGCUUGCCUGUUCUUCAAAUUUUUUUGUUGGCUUUCUCAUUUUUCCUUUUUUUUUUGUUAUAUUUCUGGAUAAGUUAUGCUUAUUUUGAGUUUGAAGAUCGAUGCUUAAGGAUUUGAAAUUUUGAGCUAGGGGGUUUAUUGGAUUUAGGGUUUUGGGAUAGGAAUUAGGAACUUAAUUAAUCCGGGUUUAUUGGGUAUAGGGUUUUUGGGCAGUGAAUUCAGAACGUAAUGAAUCACAGUUCUAUUCGUUUCCAGAAUUGUACUUAUCUGUAUCCAACAUUUCCUCACUUUCAUUUGAGGCUCAGAAUUAAGAUUAAAAGCUUCAUCGAGUAAAGGCCCUUCGACCGAACUCCGCUUCAUAUUGUGUUUGUGCUUUGUAGGUUGUAGGAAAACUGAACUUUUUAAGUUCAUAUUGAAGCAGAAAGACAAAGGGAGCAGUGAAAAUGUCGAAAAAAGGUUUGAUGGAGCAAGACUUAAGUAAACUGGAUGUAACUAAGUUGCAUCCACUGUCUCCUGAAGUCAUAUCUCGCCAGGCUACUAUAAAUAUUGGCACCAUAGGGCAUGUCGCACAUGGGAAGUCAACAGUUGUGAAAGCAAUAUCUGGGGUUCAGACUGUUCGUUUCAAGAAUGAGUUGGAGAGAAAUAUUACUAUCAAGCUUGGAUAUGCAAAUGCAAAGAUAUACAAAUGUGAAGAUGAGCGAUGCCCUCGUCCUAUGUGCUACAAGGCAUAUGGAAGUGGAAAGGAGGAUAGUCCUCUUUGUGAUGUGCCCGGCUUUGAAAACUGUAGGAUGAAGUUGCUGAGACAUGUAUCUUUUGUAGAUUGCCCAGGUCAUGAUAUUCUCAUGGCUACUAUGCUUAAUGGAGCAGCAAUCAUGGAUGGUGCAUUACUUCUUAUAGCUGCCAAUGAAAGCUGUCCGCAACCUCAAACUUCUGAGCAUCUGGCUGCUGUUGAAAUUAUGCGACUCCAGCAUAUUAUAAUUCUUCAAAACAAGGUUGAUCUUAUUCAAGAGAAUGUAGCCAUCAAUCAGCAUGAAGCAAUUCAGAAAUUUAUUCAGGGUACAGUUGCUGAUGGUGCACCAGUGGUGCCAAUCUCUGCACAACUAAAAUAUAAUAUUGAUGUUGUGUGCGAGUACAUUGUGAAGAAGAUCCCUAUUCCUGAGAGAAACUUUGUCUCACCCCCUAACAUGAUUGUAAUCCGAUCAUUUGAUGUCAAUAAGCCGGGGUUUGAGGUUGAUGAGAUUAAAGGUGGUGUUGCUGGUGGAAGUAUACUCAGGGGUGUUUUGAAGGUGAACCAAUUUAUUGAAGUUCGUCCUGGGAUUGUUGUCAAGGAUGAAAGCGGAAACAUCAAAUGCACACCCAUAUAUUCGAGAAUAGUCUCAUUGUAUGCUGAACAAAAUGAGCUACAAUAUGCUGUUCCGGGAGGUCUAAUUGGUGUUGGAACAACUAUGGACCCGACUUUAACUCGUGCAGAUAGGUUGGUGGGUCAAGUUCUUGGAGAGGUCGGGUCACUCCCAGAAGUUUAUGUUGAGCUCGAGGUAAAUUUCUUCCUUCUCCGAAGGCUUCUUGGUGUUAGGACAAAGGGCUCGGAGAGGCAAGGAAAAGUGUCAAAGUUGGCCAAGGGAGAGAUCCUAAUGUUGAAUAUUGGGUCUAUGUCGACCGGUGCUCGAGUCAUAGCUGUAAAGAAUGAUUUGGCAAAGCUGCAACUCACAUCCCCUGUAUGCACCAGCAAGGGAGAGAAAAUUGCACUUAGUCGGCGUGUUGAGAAGCAUUGGCGUCUAAUUGGAUGGGGCCAAAUCCAAGCUGGAACAACCCUUGAAGUCCCACCCUGCCCUCUGUAAUAACCGAUAAACAGGUAAACAGAAAGUAAAAACAUCGAUAAGAAAAAAAAAGCCGGAAGAGUCUAUUUUUGUUUUUUUGUUGAAAAUGUGGGAAGGUAGACAAUAUCUUGGUACUAUUUUUGUGAGGUGGAGAAGAAAACAUUGUUUGAUAGAAACUUCAUUGUUCCUUGCAUUACAUUGAGUCUCCUAAACUAUGCUGAAAACAUGGAACAUUUUCUAGGAUAUUUGAUACUGUAUUCUUUGUCUUUGGGUAAAAA